UAAAGUGGUUAAAUCUAAGAAAAACAAUAUCAAUAGUCCUCAAGACAACAAUAAUCGCAAUAAUAAUAUUAUUAGUAAUAAUAAUACUUUGAUAAAACCAAGUGACAAAAAACAAAAUCAAUGGCCAAUUAUCAAUAAACCAAAGAUAUACGGCUCAAAUGGUAGUAGUGGUAUACAACCGCCGCCCCAACAAAUCAUACGUUUGGUGUCCAAUGGCCAGCCAUCAUCGGCAAUUGUGACGCCUGGCGGCAAUAGUCCAAUACCCAACACACUUGUUGGUGGUGUCAAUACAGUAACAAUGGUCGACAAUACUACUACUACUAAUAAUAAUAUAGUGAUUGCAAUGUACGCCUAUGAGGCCGAACACGACGGCGACAUCAGCUUCGGUAAGGGCGACAAACUGGAAGUAAUUGAAAAAAGCGAUCCCGACUGGUGGACAGUUAGACGGCUGGAAACGGGCGAAAUAGGCUAUAUUCCGGCCAAUUAUGUCGCCGCCACUGUCAUUGAAUCAGAAGAUUGGUACUACGGGUGCAUUGGGAGGCGUGCGGCCGAAAAAUUAUUAUUAUAUGGGGACUAUCCUAUCGGCACUUUCCUAAUCAGACUGAGCGAACACAACACUCCCAACACAUUAAAGUCGUUUGCAUUGUCCAUACGUGACUUUGAUCCACUUGUGGUGACAAACAAACAUAAUGUUAAACACUAUCAGAUAAAAGAGUCGCCAAACGGUACGUUCACAAUGGCCAACCGUGAGUUCCGAUAUCUGCAGGAUAUCGUCAAGUUUUACAGUACACAUCCGGGCGGACUAUGUCAUCCGCUGGUCAGGCCGUGUCCCAAACCGUUACCGGGUAUACUACCGCCGGGACGUAGCGAUGAAAUCGAUCGCAAAGACUUGCGUAUUACCCGACGCUUGGGUAGCGGUAACUUUGGUACCGUAUUCUAUGGCCAGUUUCUCGGUCAGGCUGAAGUGGCCAUCAAAAAACUUAAACCGGGGACAAUGUCACCGAAGGCUUUCCUCGAAGAAGCGGUAGUCAUGAGACGCUGCCGACACGACAAACUGGUCAAACUGUAUGGUGUCUGUUCCCGAGGACAGCCGUUGCUUAUUGUUACCGAAUAUGUAUGCAAAGGAGCACUACUCGACUAUCUACGGGAAUCGCCGGAAGGCAAACAACAGAAACUGCCCGAACUGGUCGAUAUGUGCGCACAAGUAGCCAGUGGUAUGAGUUAUCUGGAGUCCAUCAAACUGGUUCAUCGUGAUUUGGCCGCCCGAAACAUACUGGUUGGCAACAACAACGAAGUCAAAGUAGCCGACUUUGGAUUGGCCCGAAUUAUCGAAGAGGAAGAAUAUCAGGCCCGACAGGGAGCCAAGUUUCCCAUCAAAUGGACGGCACCCGAGGCCGCUAUUUACGGGAAAUUCUCGACCAAAUCGGAUGUCUGGUCGUACGGUAUAUUGUUGUACGAAGUCAUCACUUAUGGACAGAUACCAUAUGCAGGUAUGCAAAAUAGAGAAGUAUUGGAAAAGGUGUCUCAACAUAAAUACCGAUUACCGAAACCGGUUAACAUUGAAUGUCCCGAUUCUUACUACGAUAUGAUGAUGAAGUGUUGGGAUGAAGUAGCAGAUAAUAGGCCAACAUUUGAAUAUUUAUAUCAUUUUUUUGAGGACUACUUUGUGGCCACUGAACGACAAUAUCAUAAGGCCGAUGAUGAUGAUGAUGACGAUGAUGAUGGCAAUGAUGGCAAUGAUGAUGAUGAUAAUACUAAUAAUAAUAUGGACGUCUAA